UGCAGAAUUAGCGACGUCGGAGAGAAAACUGUGGAAAUUUCGAAGAAAACGCGAAAAUUUACUGUAAUUUUGUACAAUAAAUUAGUUUGUAACUUUAGUGCAAGACGUUGCAAUAGAAAUUUCGCGAAAAAUAUUAGAAAAUUGCGCGAAAAAUUAGUGAAUAAGGAAUUUUUAAUAAUAAGAAUUUUUUGAUAUAAAAAUAGUCGUCGACGUUUCUACGCAGGGAACAAACAAAGGAACGAAACACAAAAAUUCUAUUUAUACGAUCCUUUGUCUCUGUUGUUCUGGUUGUCUGGUACCUAAAAUUUCACUCGUCUCGCGAAGAAACAUCAAAAACGUGCCAGAAAAUCGUUGCGUGGUGAAAAAUGAGUGCAGAACUAACUGCAGAAGAGAUUCGUUUGCGUCGUUUAAGACGUCUCGGAGGCAAUUCCGCAUCUGAAUCUGUAUCAGCGCCUUCGGAAACAGUCUCGGAUUCGAAUAAAAAUGUCAUUAUUGAACCUCGUAUCGCCUCGCCUGUCAGAGAAACGCCCGUAAUUGACAACAAAUCCUCCGUUGACGAGGUAAAUUUGAAUCAGAAUGCUUCUUGCAUGGAAACUGAUGAUUGCGGAGCGUCAGACAAAGGCGCUGAUGGCGAUUCGGGCAUCGAAAACAUGGAAACGGAUGAUGCGAAUAAGCAAAUUAAGCCCGUCGAGAUAAAAAUUAACGUUGAAGACGAAAUUCGUGCCACAAUUUCGCGCAUUUUGAAUGCCUCGUGGGCGGAACAGUGCGAGGGAUCGAUUGUCGUGCCAAAUACUGCCAGUAACUUCCUCGAGAACAUCUAUCAGGAGGAUGAAACACACGCAGAUAUCGUGGGCGAAGUCAUUUUGGAAGUAAUUGAGAUGUUUAUGAGUGGCGCCUUGCAUCGAGAGGUCGUUCGCGAUGAUUCAGCGGAAGAUUUAUACACGAUGCCAUCGAAAAAGCAAAAACAAGAGGAAGGAACGUCGGAAAAUAUGGAAGUUGAUGAUGCCAAAGCGAGUUCCUCGAAGACAAGUAACGAAGACAGAGCUGUGGGCAUCCUUCAAUACAUGAAUCUCUCGUAUCAACGAGCUUGCGCUGAACUUCGAGCUCGAAAAAUUCAUCCAGAGAUCGAAUCUGCGAUAAAAAUGACCCAAGAACAAAUUGUGCGAUACGCAAUUCUCUUGUUGACGGGACAACUUGAUGCUUUGUACGACGGAGAGCCUUCCCAAAAAAGUCCUUUGUUGCCUCUUUUGCAAGACAGCUCAAUAAACGAUGAAUUUUUGCAUCGCAUCAUCACAGAAACCAGUACGACGGAUCUCGAAGCGUUCAAUAUCAUCUUUCAGCAACUCGUGAACAAUCUUUUUCACAAACAACAAGCUUCCUGUGUGAACAUCAACAUCGUUUCGGAUGCCCUUGACUUGCUCAAGGAACUAAUUGACAUCAAAACGAACGGCAAUGAUCGCCCAUUGUGCAAACUCAUCGUGAAUCAUCGACAUUUUUUGCCGAAAUUGUGCACCGAAGUGCCUGCACGGGAAAUUUCAAAAGUUACGUUGCUUGCGCCGUUCUUGAGUAUUUCGAUUUUUGCGGAUGAAAACCCUCUUUUUGCCGAGCAUCAUUUCAAGGACUCGCAAGCGACGUUGAACGAACAUGUCGACAAGAUGUUUGGCGAGUCGAUACAGAAUAUGAUCGAUCGCACACGCACAACGUUGCACGGAGUGUUCUUGACGUUGAUACAAAAUGUCGAUUCGCGCGCAAAGACGUUGGAAUAUCUCGCGGAAGUGUUGAAAAAUAACGAAAAGCGGAUUCAGUACAAUGCGGAUGAACGAAAUUUGGCGAAAGAUGGAUUUAUGUUGAACUUUAUGAGUGUCAUGCAACAUCUCGCGGUGAAAGUGAAGCUCGAAAGAGUCGACAUUUAUUACGCUUUUCAUCCGGAAUCGUUAAUUUUGAUGAAAGAAGACACGACGAAACUCAGAUAUACCUCGCAAGAGUACACGGAUUGGCUGAAAAAGAUUCGAGAGACAAAAGAUUGGGAAGCCCCGAAAUUCACCUCUCAAUGUUGGUUCCUUACCUUACAAGCGCAUCACUUGGGAAUCAUUCCCGCCAUUCAACGAUACCAAAAGCGUCUUCGCGCCAUCAAAGAACUCCAACGGAUGGUCGACGAACUGAAACAAACGAAGAAACAAUGGGAAAAUACGCCUCAAGCACGUCGCAACCAACAAUUCAUCGAUCGUUGGGGACAACAAAUAAAAAAAUUGACCCGCGCAAAGCAAGCAAGCGAUAUCGGCUUAAUCGAUCCAAAUCUCCUGCGACGUUGUUUGCAAUUCUACAGCAGUGUUUGCGAAUACAUUUUAUACGCCAUGGAAGAUCGCAAAGUUGAAGGUCCUUUCAUCAAUCAAAUUUCUCCGCCAAAUUUGAAACCUUCGGAACUUUUUUCCGCGCUGCCCGAAUGGUACAUCGAAGAUAUCGCGGAUUUCCUGCUUUUCUGCAUGCAGUAUUCGAUGGAAGUUGUGUACGAAUGCAUGGAUCAGUCGAUUAUCACGUGGCUUUUGACGUGCGUUUGUGCCCCGCAUAUGGUCAAAAAUCCGUAUAUCACUGCCAAACUUGUCGAAGUACUUUUUGUGACAUCGCCUUCCAUUCAGAGCUCCUCAAAUCCGCUGAUCAAGAGUAUUUUGAAUCAUCAUCUCGCCCAAACGGUUCUCGUGAGUUCGUUAAUGAAGUUUUACACGGACAUCGAAACGACGGGACAAAGCACGGAAUUUUACGACAAAUUCACAAUUCGCUAUCACAUCAGUCAUUUGUUCAAGGGAAUGUGGGAAAGUCUCGUGCAUCGUCAAGCGAUGAUCCAAGAGUCGAAAAGUGGCAAGGAAUUCAUCAAAUUCGUCAAUAUGCUGAUGAACGACACAACUUUCCUCCUCGAUGAGAGUAUGGAGAACUUGAAACGCAUUCACGAGACACAAGCACUGAUGAUGCGCGAAGAAGAAUGGAAGGAACUGCCGCAGGAAGAGCAAACAUCACGUCAACGUCAACUUUCGCAAGACGAGCGGCAAUGUCGUUCGUAUCUCACACUUGCCCGCGAAACGGUCGACAUGUUCCAUUAUCUCACGAUCGACAUCAAAGAGCCCUUUUGGCGUCCCGAACUCGUCGAUCGUCUCGCUUCCAUGCUGAAUUACAACAUGCGACAACUCUGUGGACCAAAAUGCAGCAAUUUGAAAGUUCGGAGUCCCGCCAAAUACGGAUGGGAUCCACGGAGAUUGCUCGGACAAAUUAUUGACAUCUACUUGCAUCUGGCGUGUGAUAAAUUUGCAGCGGCAAUGGCGGCGGAUGAACGUUCGUUUAGUGCUGCGAGCUUUAAUGAUGCCAUGAAACGCAUUGAACGAUUGUCGAUUCGAUCGACGAUUGAGUUGGAAAAGUUUAAGACGUUGAUUGAGCAAGCGUCGAAUAUUGUAGCGGCGAAUCAACAAAAUGACGAGGAUUAUCAAGAUGCGCCCGAAGAGUUCUUUGAUCCGCUUAUGUCGACUUUUAUGGAAGAUCCAGUAAUUCUCCCAUCGGGCACCAUCAUGGAUCGCCCAAUAAUCACACGUCACUUACUUAACAGCAACACAGAUCCCUUCAAUCGCCAAACACUCACAGAAGACAUGUUACUGCCCGCGACUGAACUCAAGGAACGUAUCAAGGCAUGGAAAGACGAGAAACGGAAGGCGAAUCAACAAAAAUAAAUAAAAAAAAUAAUUUAUAAAUUAAAAAUACUUUUAUAUUAGAAUUAAAAAAAAUGAAAAUACAAAAAAUUCUUAAAAUUAAGUCAUUAAUAAAUUUGUUCCGCAGUCAUUGUUUGCCAAAAUCCAUUACAACGACAUCCGCCCCAUCGCUGCUCCCAAGAUUUCAUAAUUUUAUUCGUUGCCACGCUAUUCAUAUUCGUAAAAACGCCGCAUCUCGUGCAUUUUCGGAUCUGUUUGGGUCUCGUCCCGAGCUGCAAAUACCUCACAGAAUCAAUUAUCGUCGAAUUUGUCGAUCCAUCGAGCAAAUGAAUGUCCGGAUAGUACUUUAACGCUUCCG